GGAGCGCUCCCCAGGCAGGGCGGGACGGUGCCUUGUUUCCCUCCCGGAUGUCCCCGGCCUCAGGCGCGGGAGGGCGGCGGGGCCCCCUCCGAGGGCUGGGUGCGCUGCCCGGCAGUGUGUUCGCCUCAGCUCUGAGGCCGGCGCCGCUCCAGCGGUGUCCCGGGUGGGUGUCGGUGGCCAGAUUCUGUCCGCUGCUCUGCUCGCUCGUCCUUCGGGAAGAGGCCGUGGCUGUGGGAUUUUCAGUUCUUCACAGUGCUGAAAAAUGUCAGGUUUUCUUGAGAGCUUGAGGUGCUCGGAGUGUGUGGACUGGGGAGAGAAACGAAACACGAUCGCUUCUGUUGCUGCGGGAGUGCUGUUUUUUACAGGUUGGUGGAUAAUCAUAGAUGCAGCUGUAAAAUACCCUAAAGUGGAAGACUUCAACCAUUCAUACCAUGCUUGUGGGGUUAUAGCCACAAUUGCAUUCCUAAUGAUCAACGCGGUGUCUAAUGGACAAGUGCGGGGUGACAGUUACAGUGAAGGCUGUCUAGGACAAACAGGUGCUCGGAUCUGGCUGUUCAUCGGUUUUAUGAUGGCUUUUGGAUCUCUGAUUGCUUCCAUGUGGAUCCUUUUUGGAGGCUACGUUGUUAAAGAAAAACCAGUAGUAUACCCAGGAAUAGCUGUGUUUUUCCAGAAUGCGUUCAUCUUUUUUGGAGGACUGGUCUUCAAAUUUGGUCGCACGGAAGAUUUGUGGCAAUGAACAUGCCUGUGGAAGUGCAUCGGCCAGGCUGGUUUUUUAACUGCACGCUCCCUGGAUUUUGUAAAACCAUUUUGUAAACGGUGAUCUUCAAUAGUGUCUAACGAUAAAACAAGGAAAACUUAAAUCAUAGCACUAAAACUUCUGGUUCUAUUCUGUUUAAUUUUUUUACUCUUGUUAUGUUGAUUUAAAUGUUGUCAUGUUUUUGACAAAUGUAAAAUGGCUACAAGUAACAAUGGAAGUGACUUUUAUGAUACAGUGUUUCGCUGUAAGUAAACAGUAUAGUGGAAAAUGGGUAUAUUUAACCAGCUGUUUCUAUGAUGUUAUUUACAAUCCAAGACUUACUAAAAAUGCUUUAAAGCAACUUUUUAACAUAUAUUUAUUAAAUAUUUCCUAUAUCUGGACAAUAUAGCCAUUUCUUCAAUUUCAAAA